AUGGUCUACAAAACCCGAUUAACGUCGUACGCUCGUCGUAUUUCUUACAACGUCGAGAGGGGAAUGUUUUCUGGCUCUCUCAAGCGGCCAACUAUCCCAGCGCGAUGCAUCUGCACCUCCAGGAGCUCGAGGUCGGACGCUACGAAGGCAGCGCCUGCAGCGGAAGACGUGAAUGCAGCCUUAAAUUCUCCGUCCGUCGCGCAAGAAACCGAGGACGUUACUUUGAUGGAUAAACUGUUGACCACAGUCCGUCGUUCAUCGAACCCAGCAUUCCACUCGAUAAUGCCACUACGCAAGCCGGGUCUGUGGGCGGAGACCCUGCUCAGCGACGCUUCCUCUUCGUCCUCAACGCCAGAACCCUCGCAGAAAUCUCCCGAAAGCCCCCCGACUCCGAGAAACAUGACGGACUCGUACUCAGAACUAAUCUUGCCGUUUGGGUCGUCUCCAGACCUUCUUGAGCAAUACACCAAUGCAGCUGGGGGGAUACGGACGGGAAAACUGAUGGAACACCUCGAUUCAUUGGCUGGGUCUAUUGCUUACAAGCACAUGUUGGGGCCCGAUGUCGAGACGCUAGGAAAGAUCCAUGAACGCGGGUUCUACAUCGUCACGGCAUCAGUUGAUCGAUUAGACAUGCUCUCCGCUCUCGAUCCGUCUCGAAAUCUUCGUUUGAGCGGGCAGGUUAUAUAUACGGGCAGAAGCUCAAUGGAGGUUGUCGUCAAGAUGGAGAGCAUCCCUGUUGAUGGGGCAGGCGAGGAAACGGUCCUCAUUGGAAGAUUCUCGAUGGUCUGUCGAGACGCGUACACGCACAGCGCGCGGGAUGUCAACCCUCUCAUUACUUCCACCGCUGCGGAGAAGCAGCUGUUUGCGUUGGGAGACAAGAUCAAGCAUCGCCGACAAAGUCAGGCGCUUCGUUCCCUUUCGCGCGUCCCGCCAAGCUCGGAAGAAGCCCAGGUGUUACAUGAAUUCUGGCUCAAAUUCGGGAAGGAGGAGACAUGGAAGAAGUCGGUCGCGGUAGAUGGGAAGGAAAGAGUGUGGAUGGGUGAGACGAUGGUGGAGAAGACCAUGUUGAUGUUCCCUCAAGAGCGGAAUGUGCAUUCUAAAGUAUUCGGAGGGUACUUGAUGCGUCUUGCUUAUGAGCUUGGCUUCACGAACGCUAGCCUGUUCACUCGAGGCCAUGUCCGCUUCCUCUCGCUCGACAAGAUCGCCUUCGCCCGCCCUGUCCCCAUCGGAUCGAUCUUGAAACUCACGUCGUGCGUCCUGCAUUCCACAUCAACACCACAGUUCCCCGUACUUGUCCAUAUUGGUGUCAAAGCAGAUGUCAUCGACCCAAAGACAGGACAAGAACAAACUACGAAUGAUUUCCGCUUUACGUGGUGCCGCGACCAUGGGCCGCCGCUGGAGAAGGUGGUUGUGCCACGUACAUACCGAGGUUCGAUGUUGUGGUUAGAGGGCCGACGUGCACUGCAGAUUGGGAAUGCCAUCCGUGACCUCCGAACUCAUGCAACUAAUCCAGCGAAUUCAUCGAAAGACUCUUAA